CUUAUCCGUUCUCAUGCCACCUGAGAUUUGCACACUUACAGGAUAAUACGUACGGACUCGUCUGCUCAUCGCCAACCAUGUUGCUCGACAAUCUCUACAUUCUCUUCUUCCUCUUUUCUUUUGCCUUCAUCAAAUGGCUCCAGCACCUCCUCCACCGUAAGAUGCACCCGAAGAUCAUUCCGCUCUCUGUCAACUACCAUUUCACUCGCAAAUGCAACUAUGAAUGCGGCUUCUGCUUUCACACCGACACAAACAGCUACAUUGCUCCCCUGCCAGAUACCAAAGCUGCCCUUUCCCUCCUCGCCCUGGCUGGCAUGAAGAAAACCAACUUCGCCGGCGGUGAGCCAUUCCUGUACGCCCACCAUCUUGGCGAAUUGGUCGACUACUGCAAAGACAUUUUGCACCUGGACUCCGUGUCCAUCGUGUCCAACGGUUCGCACAUCCGCGAAGACUGGCUCAAGCAGCACGCUCAUAACCUCGACAUACUAGCUGUAUCGUGCGACAGCUUCGACGAGCGCACCAACAUCGCCAUCGGGCGCGGGAAGGGCACGCACAUCGCUCAGCUAUACCGGAUCGCCAACUGGUGUAGGACAUACGGUGCGCUGUUCAAGCUCAACUCUGUGAUCAAUCGAUACAACUGGCAGGAAGACAUGAACAGCCACAUCGCCAAGUUGGACCCAUAUCGGUGGAAGUGCUUCCAGGUCCUGCUUGUCGAAGGGGAGAAUGAUUCGGAACAGACGAAGCGUGACGCGCGGAAAUUCACCAUCCUCGAUGAAGAAUUUGAGCAUUUCUGCAGCAAGCACAGAGACAACCCGUGCUUCGUCCCAGAGAGCAACAAGCUCAUGGCGAAGAGCUAUCUGAUUCUUGAUGAGCAUUUGAGGUUCCUUGAUCGCUCGGGCAAGGCGCCAAGUGGGAGCAUCAUGGAAGUGGGUGUGGAAAAGGCAUUGAGUAGUGUGUUCUGGGACAUGGAUGGGUUCAAGGAGCGAGGUGGGAUUUAUGCUUGGAACCAAGAUCAGAUUGAGAAGAGCAAGGAAGAAGCUGAGGGGCAGAAUUUGGCUGCCACGAAGCGAUUUGGUCUUGCUGUUGGCGAUACCUGUGGAGGCUCUCAGAGUGGUGAAGCUGUCGACAUGGAGGAUAUCGGAUCCAAGAAGACAUUGUGAAAAGUGAUCUCGCUGAGCCUCAGGCGCACAAAGCUGGUGAUGUACCAGGGGUAUAUGGAAAAACAAUGGCGAUGUGCUUGAUGUACCUUUCUGAUGCGUGCGUGGACUGUCAUACCAAACGGUUACUGGCUAUCGAUGGCACUCGUCUGCAAUGAUGGAGACUUUUUCCUUC